AUGGUAAACCGGCCAAUCACACCCGCCUCCACCGACGAUAAAGGCAUCCAGAAGCGCCCUCGACCCAACCCGCCAAAGUCUCUAGUCGUGCAAAGAAGUCCGGGUGAGCUGGAGAAACUACUGUCCGAGAAACGUAUGGACGAGAUAAUAGACGACGAGGUUAUCAUGCUAUCUCUUAAGGGCAAGAUACCCGGCUACGCCUUAGAAAGGAGCUUAAAGGAUUAUACGCGCGCUAUAAAGAACUAUAACUAG